AUGAUUUCUACAGAAUCUAAAUUUUAUUCUACGAAAAAUUCAAUUUAUGAAUCUUUACGAAUACGAACUAAUAAACAUCGUUGUUUUGUUUUUUGUAUUGGACAUACAUCAUUAACAUGUGUACCAGGUAUAGGUAAGAAAAAUGAAUAUUUAUUAAAUCAAUCUGGUAUCAAUGAUUUAACAACACUUUAUUCAAAAUAUCAUUCAAUAAAUAAUAUUGAAAAUUUUCAACAAUGGUUAGAAAAUGAUAUUGGUUUUACAUCAUAUCAAGCAAAAAUGACAACAUGUGGAAUAAGUUCAAAAUUAGGAAAAAUUAAAGAAUUAAAUAAAGGUUUAAUACCAAUUUGUUGCUCUACAAAAGAAAGACGAGCAGAAAAAUAUAAAUUAUUAUUUAAUAAUAAAAAUAUUAAUAAACGAAAUCGAAAUAUGAAAUUAAUAAAUGAAAAAACUAAAAAGUUAAAAACUGAAAAAAUUAAAUCAGAAAAUUUACUAACAAAUUCUGCUCAUGAUGAUCAAAUAGAAAAUCUUAAAUUAUUCAACACAUCAAUUCAACAAGAAGUUAGAUCUUCACAAUCGUCAUCCAUGAAGAAUAAAGAUAAAUUCGACAUAUCAUCGAGUCCUAAUGAAGUUUCCUUCGAUGAGAAAGUUAAAGCAAAUAAAAUAUCAGAAACAAAACCAAUAAAAUUUAAUUCAUCUUCAAUGAUUCAUGAAACUACAAAUGUUAAUAUUGAUUCACUUGAGUCAACAAAACAGAACAGCUCAUCAAUGAAAAUGAAUAAUAUACAAAAUAUAGAUUCAAACAAAGUAUCUUCAUCACAAGAAUUUCCUAAGAUUGAUUUAUCAUCGGGCAGUAUGCAAUCCAAACAAUUAAUAAUAGAUCAAAUUCAUGAUAACAUUGACGAAACAUUAUCAACAAUCGAAUCAUCUAAUGAUUCUGAACUGCUGAAAUCUAAAGCCGAUCGAAAUCAACAAAUAAAAGUUAGCUAUUCGAAAGAGAUAACUAUUAAUUCCACAUCGCAACAAUUCGAUUCAAUUUUAUUAUCUGAAUUACCUACAGAAAACAAACUUGAAUCGAGAGGAUCACAAUCUAAUACAAAUGUUGUUUCGCAACGUUUUACUUCGCCGACUGGUAAUGUUAUGACAGAUCCAUUAAUUUCGUGUCAAAAUUUCAAAGAAAAGAAUUCUAUAUACAAUCCUAAUCUCGUUUAUUCUGCAGAAAGAGAGAAAGAGUUACCAUCAAUGGAUAUCGAUAUGUUAACUGCGUACGAGUCUUCUAUUGAUAAUAAAGUACCAAUUGAAAUGAUUGAUGAUCAAACAAAAACUCAUUCUUCUUCAAUUUUCGUAUUAAACGAAAAAACAACUAAAUUAAAUUCAAUAACAGACAAUUUACAAGAUAAAAAAGAUGAACUUGUUUCUACUUCAAAAAAUUUACCGAAUUCAUCCAUUGGAAAUGAUUUUCCAAGAAAAUCAAUUCUACGUAAUACACAAUCAAAAUCUAUACCUCCAUUCCAUGCUAAUAUUCUCUUAGCUUCAAUUAAACAGCAACAAGAACAAACACAAAAUAAAUCAUUUCAAAUAAUAGAAUCGUCAACAACUGAAUCAAGUAAAAAAUCCAAAUCAAAUGAAAUAUCAUCAAAUAAAAUAGAUGAUAAAAGUAUCUCAGCUAUUAAACGAUCUUACGUCUUAUUGCCAAUUUCAACACCAGCUAUAUUUCCAAUAAAACCAAAAUCUACGAAAAAAUCCGACAUUUCAAAUUUAAUAAAAUUAUCUUCAGAAAAUACUCUUACAGAAAAAAAUGAUCAACAAAUGCUAUCCGAUAGUAAAUUCAACACAAUUAAUUCAACAUCAUUGUCUAAUAAUCCUUCAUCAAAAGAAGAAGAUGAUAUCAAACAAUAUGAAGUACUAAUAUCCAAUCGAAUCAUCAAUGACCUCAAUACUCAAAAUAAAACAGUUGCUUCAUUUUCCAAUAAAUUAUCGCAAAAGUAUAUUUUUAAUCAAUUGGAUUCAUCUUUGAAUAAAUCUCAACAAAAUCAAUUCGAAGAAAAAAUUGAAAAAAUGAUUUGUCAAAUAAUGAAACAAGCUUUACACAUUCUCAGUGAAGUUACACAAUCAUCACAAAUCAAUACUAUAUCAUUUACUAAAGUUAACUCAAUAGAAUCUUCUUCUGUUCAAAUGUCAAUAUUUGACAUGAAAAAUUCCAGUGAUAAAGUACAAUCUAUAAUCUUAUCACCAAGUCAUGAUGAUAAACAUCGUACUAUAUCAUCGAAAUGUAUUCCAUUAGCUGAACGACUUGCUCACGCAAAAGCAAAAAAACUAGCAACAAUAACAGAAUCUAAUAGUAAAGAUGUUCGAUCUCUACCAUUAUCAGAACAACAUAGGUCUGUACGAAAAAAGUGCUUUUCUUUUACCAGUGAUCGAUUAAAACAAUCAUUUACAAACACAAGUUCUCAAAGUUCAAUGAAUCAAUUUAAAAACAAAGAAAAUUCGUAUGAAAACUCGAUAUCUACACAUAUUCAACAAGAACCUAACAAUAUAUUUUCCGUAGUACAUCCUAUCAACAAAAUAACAAAUAAUCUUAUAUCAUCGUCAAAUACAGCAUCAUUUUCAUCAAGUUCUAUAUCAUCAAUAAACAAAAUUAAUUCAUCUAUAGAUAAAAUAGAAACUAAUUCUAGUCAUAGAAACUGUUUCGAAAAAGAAACAAAUUCAACAAUUCAGCACGAUUAUUUACUUUUAAAUAAUUCACCUAGUAAGAAUAAAUUUGCAUCAAUAUCUACAUCAGAUUUCAAUCAAAUAUCUAAUUUAACUACUGAAUUACCUAUUAAUAAAAUUUUAACAGAAGAUAACAAACAAUCAUCAUUAUUAAGUACAACUCUUUUCAAUUACAAUAAAAAAGAUAAACUUAAUAGUACAAUGAUACCAUCUUAUCAUAUGAAACAAUUACCAAUAUCACCAAAAAUAAAAGAUAAUGAAUUCAUAAACAAAAAUCUAUCUGAAAUAAUCAAUAAAAAUGAAAAAUUUGAUCAAAUAUCUGAUAAUGAUGAAUUAAAAAUAAUUUCGUAUUUAGCAAAUUCGAAAUAUCAACAAAUAUCUAAUCCAUCAACGCCAAAACCAUGUAAUCCUCUUUGGAAUAAUAUAUCAAAUGAAAAAAUCUUAUCUCAACAUAAAAAUAAUCAUUUGACUGCCAUAGAAAAUAAUAAAUUUUCUAAAGAAAUAAAUCAUAAAGAUCAUAAUCAAAAUUAUCAUUCGUCCACUACAUUAUUUACAUUUAUUACACGACAACAAUAUUUAAAAGAACAGCAAACACUUAAUGAACAUAUUCUCUAUGUUAAACAAACAAAACAUUUAUAUAAAUCACAAUAA